AUGCCGGGGGGAUUCGCCCCGCCGCAGGGGCGGAGCGACAGUGGGGGAGUGAGGUCGUCCGAGGAAAACCUGAGCCGCCGAGAAAAGCCGAGCCACCCACCCGGGAGUGGGAAAAUCCGAGCCAUCCGGGAGUGGGGAAAGCCGAGCCAUCCGGGAGUAGGAAAGCCAGGCUUAGGCGAGCUGCGGCGCCGCGCAGGGAAAGCCGAGCUGCCCCCGCACGGGGCUCGGGAUGCGGCGGGGCAGCCCCGCGCGGGCCGCGCCGACACCCGCAGAGGCUGCGGCACCGGCCGCUCCCGCUGUGUCUGGCCGAGAGCGGAGUGGCGGCGGCGCCCGGAGCCCGGCGAGGCGGCGGCGGAGCUCGGAGGCUGCUCCAGCCCAGACCCCAGUGACUUCUCCCCCUGUUCCUAUGUCCCUGAGCCACUCCCUCCCUAUUCCCUGAUUGGUCCUUAUCUUUUACUGCCCCGAGACCAGGGGCACCCCCGGCCCCCCGGGAAAGAGGAAAACCUGGACGGUCCAUGUGUGUGUGCCUGGGACCUGAACAUCUUACGGGCCGACUGCAUAAAAUAUCUCUGGAUACCUUGCAAAAGCCUGUGGUUCACUGACAUCUACAACAAAGGCCCUCUUUGCUUCCUUACCCUGGACAUUAGUAGCAGCGAUUCUGGCCGCAACAGCGGAGGGAGCGGCUGCCCGCGAUCUCCUUGCCCGGAUCGCUGGGGACGAGCCGGUGCCGCAGAAGUGAUGGCAUCGGGCUUGGGGCAGCUGUUCGGGCGGGAGGUGUCCGUGCCCGGCUCGGGGCUGGCCCGGGAUGGACUUGAACGUGCCUCAGAGCCCAAAGCGUUCCACGUGCCGGGCGGGGCAGAAAGCGCCGCAUGCUGCCUGCUCCGGGGCCGAGGCUUCUCGGCGCUGCCCUCUCUCUCUGUGAGGAGCCGCUCCGUGGUCCCAGGCAGGGAGCCGAAGCGGCUGUGCCGGCGCUCGGUGUCCCCGGGCUCCGAGCCGCCGGGGCAGGGAAUGCGGGGGACAAUCGUGAGCCCCCGGGGCUGCUGGUUCUUGCUCCUCGGCAGGCGGACUCCGAGCCGCAGCUGCCCUGCGCCGGCAGCAUCCGGCAGCUGCCAGGCGCUCUCAGCGCCUGUCCCGGCACGGAGCUGGGCUGCAGCGGCUGCAGAGCCACAGGGGCCGGGGCUGCGGCGACCGCAGAGCUCCCGGAGGCUGCGCUUGUCCCCGCAGCUGCUGCCGCACCUCUGGGCAGCGGGGACAGCGCAGCCAGAGCUGGCACCGCCCUGCUGA